AUGCCUGGCCUGUUGGCGAUGCUCCCGGCGUGGUUCCGCGGCGGCGAGGGCUCAAACGGGCACGGCAGGCGGCGCGGCACCUGCUACGGCGUCGCCGUGUCCUUCCUGACGAUGCUCGUCUUCUGCGUGCUCGUGGCCACGGUCAGCGUCUGGAAGGCGUUCCUCUUCGCCGUCCUGGCGUUAUUCGCCUUCGGCAUCGGCGAGUGCCUGGCGCCGGAGAGCUGGCGCGUCGGGAUCAUCAGAGGGAGAUCGUCUGCCGCCGCCGAGCCGGAGCCCGCCACGGCGCCGCGGAGUACGGCAUGGACGUUCGGGCUCCCCAAGGCCGCCAUCGAGGCGCUGCCCAGCGGCGGCGGUGGCGCCGAGCCGUGCUCCGUGUGCCUGGAGGACCUGGAGGCAGGGGAGAUGGUGAGGCAGCUGCCCAAGUGCAAGCACCUGUUCCACGUCGAGUGCAUCGACAUGUGGCUGCACUCGCACCGGACGUGCCCUGUUUGCCGGUGCGACCUCUCGCCGCCGCGCAAGGUUGCUGGGAAAGCUGUGGCCUUAGAGAUGGAACCGCCGGCUGAGGGUGCUUUGCCGCCGGUGUAG